UGCCCGACGAAGGAGUCGGAGACAAACAUGGCGGCCAAGGCGCUACGGCAGCGAACACGUAGAGGAAGCAGGCAAGACGCCAACACCGUGAACGCACAGGCGGAUGCUCGGCCACAGAAAGAGGAGAAAGGGGUCGACGAUGGCAAAGUCGCAGAAGCUCGACAAGAACCAGUCAGCAGAGGAGGGCAGGUUUGGGCUCCUGAAGGUUCAACUGCGUUCAAGUGUCUCCUCUCAGCCCGCUUCUGUGCCGCUUUGCUCAGCAACAUCUCAGAUUGUGACGAAGCCUUCAACUACUGGGAGCCUAUGCACUACCUGCUUUAUGGUACGGGAAUGCAAACGUGGGAGUAUUCACCGCUGUACGCCAUCAGGUCCUACGCAUACUUAUGGCUUCAUGCUCUUCCAGCUUGCUUGCACGCCCAUGUGCUGCAGACAAACAAGGUUUUGGUGUUUUACUUUGUCCGAUGUGUCUUAGCGUUCUGCUGCUGUGUCUGUGAGCUGUAUUUUUACAAGGCGGUUUGUAAGAAGUUCGGCCUUCACGUGGGCCGCCUCAUGUUGGCUUUUCUGGUCCUGAGCACCGGAAUGUUUUGCUCAUCUGCAGCAUUCCUGCCUUCUUCCUUCUGUAUGUACACAACGCUUGUGGCCAUGACCGGAUGGUUUCAAGACUCCACCCCUUUGGCCAUAUUAGGCGUGGCUGCUGGCGCCAUUGUUGGAUGGCCUUUCUCUGCUCUGAUCGGCAUCCCGAUUGCCUUCGAUUUGCUGGUGAUCAGGCGGCAGUGGAAGAGUUUCAUCAUCUGGGUGGUCAUUGCUCUGGUGUUGUUUUUGGUUCCACUUGUGGUGGUGGAUUCAUUAUUUUAUGGCAAACUGGUUGUCGCCCCACUGAACAUUCUACUAUACAAUGUCUUCACACCUCACGGGCCUGAUCUUUAUGGUACUGAGCCGUGGCCUUUCUACUUUAUAAACGGCGUCCUGAACUUCAACCUGGUGUUUGUCCUGGCCCUGUUUUCUCUGCCACUCACUGCACUCAUGGAGACACUGUUGCACAGGUUCAAUGUGCAGAACCUUGGCCGUCCGUACUGGCUGACCCUGUCCCCCAUGUAUCUGUGGAUGCUGGUCUUCUUCACCAGACCUCACAAGGAAGAACGUUUUCUCUUCCCCAUCUACCCGCUCAUCUGCCUGUGUGGGGCGGUCGCUCUCUCCUCUCUUCAGAAAUGCUACCACUUCCUCUUCCAGCGCUACAGGCUGGAGCACUACACCGUCUCCUCGAACUGGUUGGCUCUCAGCGCUGUGGUGCUCUUCUCUGUGCUGUCGCUGUCUCGCUCAGUUGCCCUCUUCAGAGGUUACCACGCCCCUCUGGACCUGUACCCCGAGUUCCACCGCAUUGCCAAGGAUCCGUCUCUGCACUCAGUCCCUGAGGGUCGGCCCGUCACUGUAUGUCUGGGAAAGGAGUGGUACCGCUUUCCAAGCAGCUUCCUGUUACCUCACAACUGGCAGCUGCACUUCAUUCAAUCGGAGUUCAAAGGUCAGCUGCCGCAGCCGUAUGCCUCGGGUCCUCUGGCCACACAGAUCAUUCCAGCACAUAUGAACGACCAAAAUCUGGAGGAACCCAGCAGAUAUGUGGACUUACGGCAGUGCCACUACCUGGUCGACCUGGACACGGAGGAGGAGACGCCGCUAGAGCCCCGUUAUUCUGCGAACAAAGAAGAGUGGAACGUCAUCGCUUUCAAGCCUUUUCUUCAAGCGUCAAGGUCGUCGCCUCUCUUCAGAGCCUUUUACAUUCCUUUCAUAUCGGAACAUCACACCGUUUACAAGCGCUACGUGAUCUUGAAACCACGGCGGCAAAAGACUCGUAACCGGACUCAUGGCUGACUUCGUGUCUAAGCACUAGUCAAUCAUCUACCAUCAGAUCAGCUUGGAAGCUAUUAUUGUAAAUAUGUGUGUGUGAUGUGUGUGCUUGAGUGGUGCGUGGUGUGUCCAUCGAACCGUCCGGCCCUUUAAGAACUUCAUGUGUGAGUGUGUGUGUUUCCUAAAACUAGUUUGCUAGUUUCUGUCCGUCUCUAUGUGGAACUCUCACAGGUGUGUGACGCACACAUGUGAACCAAAGCCUUUGGUGUCAUUGUGGUACGAUUGUGCGUCUGUUUACAUGCGUAUCGUUGCAUGUGCGUUUGGUGUGUGGCUACAGUUGUUAAUUUAAAUG